AUGCCCCCCAAGAAGGUUGAAGCUGUCAAGGACAAUGUUGUUGCUUUUGGAAGGGUUCGCAAGAACUUGAAGAUGGGAUGCGUUGGUCUGCCUAACGUGGGCAAAUCGAGCCUUUUCAAUCUCUUGACCGAGCAGAGCGCCGCUGCAGAGAACUACCCCUUUUGUACAAUUGAGCCCAAUGAGGCGAGAUGUGCGGUUCCCGACGCUCGAUAUGACUUUCUCUGUGACCUUUGGAAGCCGCCGUCCAUGUACCCAGCGUAUCUGCAGGUCACCGACAUUGCCGGCCUGAUCAAGGGGGCUUCCCAAGGAGAGGGACUUGGAAAUGCCUUCUUGUCUCAUAUCCAAGCCGUUGAUGGCAUGUUCCACGUUGUCAGAGCAUUCGAUAACGAUCAAGUUUUGCAUGUCGACGACUCGAUAGAUCCAGUCCGGGACUUAGAUACCAUCCAAAGCGAACUUUGCAAGAAGGAUCUCGACAUUCUGCAGAAAACAAUAAUCGCAGAGGAAGCAAUCGUCAGAAAGGCAGGUGGCAAGUACAAGAUGCUACCUCUUUUCACAGAAACAACGACAAAGAUCCGAGCAAUGCUGGAGAAGGAUCAGCCAGUCAGAGACGGAAGCUGGACACCCGCGGAGAUUGCGCUCAUCAGCGAGAAGAUACAGCUAAUCACCACCAAGCCAACCAUCUACCUCGUCAACUUGACAAUGAAGGACUAUCUCAGACAGAAGAGCAAGUACCUGCCGCUCAUAGCUAAGUGGGUUACCGAGCACGGAGGCAUUCCCCAAGACAUUAUCCCUUUCUCUAUCGAGUUUGAAGAGAAGCUCCACAGCAUGAAAAACGAUCCGGCUGCACAGGCCGAGUUUCUCAAGGAGAGCAAGGUCAAGUCAAGGCUGGACAAGAUUAUCACUGAAGGAUUCACAAAGCUCGGCCUGCAAUACUACUUCACCGGUCUGCUCACACAUUGCCACCGCUAG